AAUUUCCCGGUCGGCCUUUUCCCUCGACGACUCCAAUAAUAUUUCCAUCAGAUUCUUUUUCUUUUUUUUUUUCCGUCAACUCAAAAUCCCUAAUUUUUUCUGCAAUUUUCCCCAAUUCCCAGCUUCAAUCUUCGAGCUUUUCGAACCAUGGCUUCUCGCAGGCGCAUACUUUUGAAAGUCAUUAUCCUCGGUGACAGUGGCGUCGGGAAGACAUCGCUAAUGAAUCAAUACGUGAAUCGUAAGUUUAGCAAUCAGUACAAGGCCACUAUUGGAGCAGAUUUUCUCACGAAGGAAGUUCAGCUUGAAGACAGGUUGUUUACAUUACAAAUCUGGGAUACAGCUGGGCAAGAACGGUUUCAAAGUCUUGGAGUGGCCUUUUAUCGUGGUGCUGAUUGCUGUGUUCUUGUAUACGACGUGAAUGUUAUGAAAUCAUUUGAUAAUCUCAACAACUGGCGAGAAGAGUUUCUGAUUCAGGCUAGUCCGUCUGAUCCUGAAAACUUCCCUUUUGUCGUAUUGGGGAACAAGGUCGACGUGGAUGGUGGGAACAGUAGAGUGGUUUCUGAGAAGAAAGCAAAGGCGUGGUGUGCUGCUAAAGGAAACAUACCAUACUUUGAGACGUCUGCAAAAGAAGGAUUCAAUGUGGAUGCUGCAUUUCAGUGUAUAGCUAAAAAUGCCCUCAAAAAUGAACCAGAAGAAGAAAUAUACCUUCCCGACACCAUUGAUGUCGCGGGUGGAAGGCAGCAAAGAUCAACAGGGUGUGAAUGCUAAGUGUUAAACUAAAUGGAUUCUGUCUACUUCCUUCACUGUAUUUCCUCUCUGUUUCAUGUUUCUGAAACCAUAUGGUCCAAUUAUAUUAACAUGUAGUGGUGUAGUGAUGCUGGUAAAGUUCCACAACUAUUCUGUGUUGUAACAACAUUCUUUAAUGUUUAUAUAUAUAUUGCUUAAUUAUUUGGGUC